CUUUACCACCACAUCCUCUACCACCGUCAGCAUCGUUUGCUGAUCAUCUGAAUACUCUUGCGCCCCCGCGCAUCCACAACUUUCGACCCAAUUAUCACAGACCCUUCAGCAAUGGCUAAGGACAAGAAGCAAAGCAAGGCCGCUGCUGCGCCCGUCAAGGCCAGCAAGCCAGUAGCAGACCAGAAGGUCAAGGCUGGUCGUGUCACCAAGCCAGCGGAGAAGACCAAGGUUGCCAAAGAGACCGCAAAGAAGGUCGAGAAGAAGUCGAAGAAGGCCAAGAAGGAGCCAACACCCGAGCCUUCCUCUGACGAGGAGAGCGAGGACGAUGCUUCCAGCGCCAGCUCCGAGAGCAGCUCUGAGGAGGAGGCUGCGGUGAAGCCCAAGGCCAACGGUGCCGCUGCCAAGAAGGCUGAGAGCAGCGACGAGGACUCCGACUCUUCUGCUAGAGACUCUGAGAAGCCUGCCCCGAAGAAGGCUGCCGCGGCUCCCAAGGCCAACGGCAAGGGUGCUGCUGCUGCUGCCAAGAAGGCUGACAGCGACUCUGACUCUGACGGUUCCGAGUCCGACUCUGAGGUCGUUGAGGGUGGUGCCGCCAAGGAGGAUGACUCUUCCAACAGCGACAGCUCUGACGAUGAGGAGGCCGAGGCGCCCAAGGCCAAUGGCAAGGCUGCCGCUGCUGACUCCGACGACUCCGACGAUUCCGACGACUCGAGCGACAGUGAUGAGGAAGAGAAGCCCAAGGCAGUGGAGAGCAAGAAGCGCAAGGCCGAGGCCGAGCCAGCACACGCCACCAAGAAGAACAAGACCGAUGCCGUGGACGAGUCUGCCCCAACCGGCAACCUCUUCGUCGGCAACAUCAGCUGGAAUGUGGAUGAGGAGUGGCUCACUCGUGAGUUCGAGGAGUUCGGCGAGCUUGCUGGCGUGAGAAUCAUCACCGAUCGCGACUCUGGCCGUAGCAAGGGCUUUGGAUACGUCGAAUUCUCCGACCCACAGAACGCGAAGAAGGCUCUCGAGGCGAAGAACGGUGCCGAGCUUGACGGACGUGAGCUCCGCCUCGACUUCAGCACCCCACGCACCAACGACGGUCCAGGUGCUGGUAACAAGAGCAACGACCGUGCCGCCCGCUUCGGUGACACCACCAACGCUCCCGCCGCAACUCUCUUCGUCGGCAACAUCAGCUUCGACGCCGAUGAGAACGCCAUCACUGAGUACUUCCAGGAGCACGGUACCAUCAAGGCCGUUCGUCUCCCAACCGACCGCGAGACUGGUGCCCCCAAGGGCUUCGGCUACGUCGAGAUGAGCUCCAUCGAGGAGGCUCAGGCUGCCUUCACCGCUCUCCAGGGUGCCGACAUUGCCGGACGCCCCAUUCGCCUUGACUACGCCGCUGAGCGCAGCAACGAUGGUGGUGACCGCGGCGGACGUGGUGGCCGUGGCGGUGGACGCGGAGGCUUUGACCGUGGUGGCCGUGGCGGCGGACGUGGUGGCUUCGGCGACCGUGGCGGUCGUGGUGGUGGACGUGGAUUUGGCGGCGGCCGUGGCCGUGGAGGUGAUCGCGGUGGACGCGGUCGCCCUCAGACCACCAACCGUGGUGGCUUCGGCGACUUUUCCGGCCAGAAGAUCUCUUUCUAGAGAACUGGCGGACAAAAGUUGGCUUGAGAGAUGAGCGAUACCACGAUGACACUGCACGACCAAAAGUUCGAUGUAUCAUACACAAGGCGUUGAUGGCUGAACAUGAGGGGAUUUCUGAUAGCAAGUAAUCCAAUGGCGCUUUCCUGGCGCUCGUUCUUGAC